GCAGCUGACAGGCGGAUGCAGAGGGAGGGGGUUGCCGUUACAACCCGGUGGAUUUCUCACGGUCGGCGGGUUUGAACGCUCUUCUGUCCGGAUGACACCCCCCCUCCAACACAAAAAAAUAACCUAUGCUGAAAACUUUCAGCGGUCCGUUUGACGCGGGGGUGUUAUUCAGAUCUCCAAGCCGGUCCGAGAGCAGUCAUGAUGCAGGUGCAAACUGUGGGCUAACGGGCACUGAAAUGACUUGUUCGGCCGCUGACGCGAUCCGUUAUGCCAUGCCAACCCCGCAUCGUCAGAUGCCAUUUUGCUCUGCGUUUCCCCGGCGUUUGGCUUUCUAUUAUUCCGGGCCUGUUGUAUAAUUAGAAGUUCAUGAGGCGAGUAGCAAAACAAGCUGGUGCAAUGAGAAGCUACGCUGUCAGUGGAUCAGUGCGCAGUUUGUGCUGAAGCUUAUGGGUCCUGCGUACUCGAGCCCCCGGCUUCUAGUUGGAGAGGUGUGCUGCGGGACUACAGCGGCUACACAUCUGGACCGCCUGAUCGCUGUCAUCCGCGGCCUCAUCGGACUGUGUACUCGUUGAACUUGUGUGUUUUUUUGGGGGGGUAGAACGAGCCAGGUCGCUACGGAUGGUGUCGUGUUAGAGGGGUGUAUAUUUGGCUCGGACUUAGGGUGUGAUCUACUGGAACAACACAUCCUAAACCCCUGGCUGGGUCACUACUCAAGAAAUAGACGCGUGAGCUAUGAAUUUUGCGUAGCCGAGUCACGCGUUUUUUUUUUAAUAGUGACAUUGCAAUCUUUUCCCAACUGUGGUUGUUUCUUCACCCGAUUACAUCGGAAAUAGAGCAUAAAAGAGUGAAAGUGGAGUAUUGUCCGUCGUACGUCUCAGCGCAGUGGGAUUUCUACGUCUGGUCGGCGUUCCCCCCCACCCUUCCCGCGGUGACGGUUAUGGGUCGGAAGCGGUGUGUCGGUGCAGAUUGUUCCAAGAUGGCGGCCGGGUGCUGCGGGGUGAAGAAGCAGAAACUGUCGGGAUCUCCCGGGUCGGGGGGUCCCGGCGGGGUGGGGGCGGGAAGCGGGGUGACAGGAACCGGACAUUGUGGCUCGGAGUUGGGGAUUGGCUCCUCCGCGACGGUUGCAGCAACGGCGAACGUGAGCAGAGCCAACGGCCUGGGGGGACCCGGAGGGAACAUUAGCGGCGGUAGCGGUAGCAGCGGAGGCACAAACGCUCUGUCUCCUGCCCCGGCCGGUUACUCUACAUCCGGCCUCUCCCCGAACCUCAGCCCAGGACCAGGUUCGGGAAGUGUUGGCAGAAAAAUGGUCGUCUCAGCAGAGAUGUGCUGCUUCUGUUUUGACGUGCUUUAUUGCCAUCUGUACGGAUACCAACCUCCGAGAACACCCAGGUUUACAAACGAUCCCUACCCGCUGUUUGUCACAUGGAAAAUAGGCAGAGACAAACGGUUGAGGGGUUGUAUAGGUACAUUUUCUGCCAUGAAUCUGCACUCAGGACUCAGGGAGUACACCCUUACCAGUGCCCUUAAAGACAGCCGCUUCCCCCCUAUGACAAGGGAUGAGCUGCCUCGCCUCUUCUGCUCAGUGUCUCUUCUCACCAACUUUGAAGACGUCGGUGAUUACCUUGACUGGGAGGUGGGUGUUCAUGGUAUAAGGAUAGAGUUUUUCAAUGAAAAAGGAUCAAAGCGUACCGCCACCUACCUACCAGAGGUUGCAAAGGAGCAAGGUUGGGACCACAUUCAAACCAUAGAUUCCUUACUACGAAAGGGAGGCUACAAAGCUCCCAUCACAAAUGACUUCAGGAAGACCAUUAAGUUAACCAGGUACCAUAGUGAGAAGAUGACGAUGGGUUAUGCAGAGUACAUCGCCCAUCGCCAGCACCACCACUACCAGAACGGCAUCGGGCACCCGGUGCCGUCGUAUAACCAUUAUUCCUGACAGCGAGCCGCAUGACCAAUCAUUGGACCUCUCCGCUGACCUAUUCCCAGGAGAGCCCGCCCCCUCCUGGUCUAGCUAUUUCUACUACUGUACCAUUUUAUGAUGAUAGUUUCCGUUGCCAUGCUGGCCGUCUCACAGACGUUGACAUGGCAACGGGUGGCAAGGAAGCAUCAUUUGAUUAUGGCAAAAAGCCAUGUUUUUCCCUUUUGUUUGCCUGUGGUUGAGCUUUUGCAGCAUAUGUAUACCAAUAUCUUUAACCCCCCCCUCGCUCAUUUUAUUUGGAAAAUAAACCAACGUUAAACUAUUAUUUUUGCAUCCUUUUAGCAGACCUAACCAUUUAUAUGAUUCUGUGGAUGGAAGCAAGUCUCCUUGGGCGGAUUUAGGCUUUGCUCCAAUUAUACAUUUACUAACACAUUUAUAUUUUCUUCUUCUGUGUUCUGUUUCAUCCUUUAUCCUUUACUAUCCAGGCGUUUAAUAUCAUGUAGCAAAGGCAACUGCAGUUUAAAAGGCUGUGUCAUCAUUUAUUUCAAUUCCUCUCAAAAACUUGACAGCUGAGGUCGCUUUAGCCUUGUAAACUCUCGUAGUUUCAUAGUUUGGAAAUGUAUCAGGAUUUAUGUGUAUUCCAAAGUGUAGAUAGGAUUGUGGCGCCUUUCGGGCAGCCUGUUGCUGACGCCGUUUAUUGAUUUGAGUCAUAAUCGAGUGUAUUUGUGCGUUUCGCCAUGUGUGGAUUAUAGGCAUCGCUUUGUCACAAGAAAACUAGUAGAAUAAAUCAGAAAUUGAGUUUUUGCGUAAAGUUUAGUCAGUGGAUGGGAAAAAAAAAAAAGAAACGUUAGAUUUCAACUUCUUUUUUGAAACUAGAUUUGGUUUAUUGUGUUGGAGGAAAAAAGUCAAGGAGGCGAUGGAGAGAAAUUUUUUUUUUUUCUUUUACUGUCAGGGAAGUGUUUAAAAAAGUUAAAGCCAUAUUCCAUAUUCCACUUUUUGUCAGUUAUUGCAAGCAUUUGGUGCUGAGAUAUUCCACUCUGUUCAUUCGCUCCUGAUGUCUUUAGGAAGAGGUUAUAGGUGAUGUCACGCAUGACGAUGUGAGUUGAUCAAAUGUUUGUGUCAUUUAGAACUGCGUGUAAAUCAAGUGAGUGAAACCCGGAGCGGUCGACUGACUAUUUAGGAUCGUCCAACCGGCGCCGCAACCGUUCUCUUCCCUCUCCCAGUGAGAUCCGUUGAUCCGUGUGUCUGCAGGACAGGGAAUGUUCUAUUUUGUGGUCUUUUUGGUCCGAAGGUUACAGAUCAGCAGUUGUCUAUGUCAUAUAUAUAUAUAAAAAAGAUCUUUCUUAGGUCGUAUAAAGCCAGUCCUUAUCCAAAUAUUAUCCAGGUGGGAGUUAGACCAACACGCGCUCUGCUAGUUAGACGUACUUUAACGAAUGUUUGAUCCGCUGAGGAUCACCACGUUAUCGUUCUGCUCGUUUUUUGUUUUCCGUUACAAACUGGAAUUUUUUGAGAGGGUCUUGUUACUUGACCGACGUCUUGUGUCGUAACAGCCUUUUACUAACUGACAGGCUCUUUUUUUCUUUAUGCAAAAAUGUCAAGGGCUUUUGGCACUCCAUCCACAGUCACCCAGAAAUAUCCCAGACUUCAGUUGUGUUGCCUUAAACGAUUUUUUUAAACGAUGGGCCAGGAGAAAGACGCUGAGUGUUCCUCUCCUUUCUCAGCUACUUGAACGCCACACUUAGUAGAGAUGAGGGGGGGCUACCAAAUCAGGCGUCAGACGCUUUUUCUUCAACAUACGGUAGAUGCAGCGCGCCGGUUGCUCAUAUCCUACGCAUGGUUUUCUCAUGUAACCGUUAAAAGGAAAUGCUAUCUUACACUACAGGAGAAGGGACAGUCAGGCGUCUGCUUUCCUGGUCCAUUAACUACAGCACAACCUGAAUUUCUCUGCUGCAAAACCAAAUUGACCAUGCUCUUUUACAUAUAUGUCUUUGUAUACACAUGCAAUGUAUUUAGUUGCAUGUAUGUAUGAAUAUGAGACCUAUGGUUUUUAUCCAUGAUAUGCUUGAUCUAUGGCUUAGACACUCUUAUUAACCAUUAAGAGAUUUAAAAGACAAAUAUGGUGCUAUCGGACCUCAUAUUGGGGUGGUCACAUCUCGUGACUGGUCAUGCGGACUCAUUGAUCAUAUCAUAUACUUAAAGAUGCGACAUGUAAGAUUUUCUCUGUUAGUACCUUGCUGUGAACCAAGUGGCGUUUUAUUACCGAAGGACGACUCGGAACGCGAACAGCCCUGGAAAUCAGCUCAUUUGUGAUGGUGAACGUGGGCGACAUGGGGAUCAAUUCCAUACUGGAAAACAAAACGACAUUCUGUCUUAUGAUGAAGAAAGACUCCUCCAGGGCUAUGGAAUGUACUGUUAAUGGUAGAGCAACUUAACAGUGAAUCUGUCAUAGGAGAAAAUCCUACAUGUUUACCUUUUACAAUCCUUGAAAUAUGCAGAUCUGUUCAACAGGUGUUUUUUUGUUGUUUUUAUUUCUAUUUUAUUUUUUUCCUAACAGUGCAAGUCAACACUGUGCAGGUUUGAAAGGACAAGAAGUCACACACUUACCUCCUGUCCCCGGUUACUCCCUUCACUGUGGCCCAACCUCAUGGCCUAGUUUGUCAAAGUUUGAUGCAUGUCGUUCACUGGCAUAUGGUGGGAAGAUCCGAGGUUCCUGGUCUAUUUUUUUUUGUUGUUUUUUAAAGCUGCUGAAUCAACUAACCUCUUCUCAAAGGGCAACAUUUACGUUGUUUACCUUGUAUGAGGUCCUGUUGCUAAGGCCGUUUGAGCGCCUCUUUAAACCUUACUGAAGGGCAGCAUCACCUCUACAGAGAUGACUUUUUUUUUGUUGUGUAAACGGAAAAUACCCCAACAGUUGGAAGCAUUGAUACCUCAAGGAAUCGUAAGGAACGACAUUGGUAGACUGUUGUAGCAGAUCGUGUGUUUUGGUUCCAUACCUGGGUUUGGAGUUCAGCCUCUGCAUUCCUCGUGCGGUCAUCCUCAUGUCGCACGGAGUGCUCUAGCUCUAGUUACCUUCGUAUGUUCGACUGAACCAAAGAUGCCAGCGGCCAUGCCCAAAUGCUGCUUUUUUUUUUUUUUCUAGGCCUGGCUUCCUGUCCUUCCAAAAAGAAAAACAAAAAAAA